AUGAAUAGCUAUGAUACCGUCAAAUCAUUCAUAAAAGAUAAUUCCAAUGCUUCAUUGAUAUCGGGAGGUAUUGCUGGUGCUGUUUCUAGAACUGUAGUUUCACCAUUUGAAAGAGCUAAAAUUUUAUUACAAUUACAAGGUCCUGGCCUGAAUCAAGCUUAUAAUGGAAUGUUCUCUACAAUUUUCAAAAUGUAUAGAGAUGAAGGUUGGAGAGGUCUUUUCAGAGGUAAUUACCUUAAUUGUAUAAGGAUAUUCCCAUAUAGUGCAAUUCAGUUUGCAGUUUUUGAAAACUGUAAGACUUACAUUUUGCAGAACAGACCAAGGGAAUCCAAUGAGUUGAAUAGUUUUGAAAGAAUCAUAUCGGCUUCAAUGGGUGGUAUUCUAUCCGUUCUUUUCACAUAUCCCUUAGAUUUAGUCAGAGCUAGAAUAAGUGUAAGAACUGCAUCUUUAUCCAAGUUAGAUAAAGCCAAAUUGACAGAAGCUCCAUCAGUCUUUAAUACUAUCGCCGAGGUGUGUCAGAAAGAAGGGGGGUUCUUCGCUCUUUAUAAAGGUAUCGUACCUACUACAUUGGGUGUGGCUCCAUACGUUGCAAUUAAUUUUGCAUUGUAUGAAAAGUUCAGAGAAUAUAUGGAUCAUUCACCAAAAGACUACUCCAAUCCUGUUUGGAAAUUGAGUGCAGGGGCUUUUUCAAGUUUCAUUGGUGGGGUUUUAAUAUACCCUUUGGAUGUAUUAAGGAAACGUUAUCAAGUUGCUUCAAUGUCAGGAGGAGAAUUGGGAUUCCAGUAUAAAUCUGUAACUCAUGCUUUGAAAACCAUGUUUCAGCAAGAAGGAUUCUUUGGAGCUUACAAAGGUUUAACUGCCAAUUUAUAUAAGAUUGUUCCUUCAAUGGCUGUUAGUUGGCUCUGUUACGACACUUUGAAGGACUUGAUAAAACAAUGGUGA